AUGAUGCUUACAAACCUCUUCAUCGUAGCCAUAGCCACAUUGGCUCUAGCCAAACCUUUCGAAUCGGGCGUUACGGUUGGUCCACAGACAUGCUCGGGCUUGAAGAGACACCCGGGCAGUGCGAAUGCAGCAGGUCAAGGGAUUGGAGGACCAUACGACGCCACGCUUGCUGGUAACUUUUUGCCGAGAGGCACUUCGUCUGAUACAAUCGGCGAAGGAAGCCGCCUCUUCAAGCUGGCAAACAGCAAAUGCCCAGACACAAUCGUGGUCACUGGUGGCUAUUCACAAGGCACAGCCCUCAUCGCGGCUUCUCUGAGCGAUCUCAGCCAGCAAGCUCCUGCUGCAGCGGACCAAGUCGCGGGCGCGGUCUUGUACGGAUACACGCGCAAGGCACAGAAUGAUGGCCGUAUUCCGAACUACCCGGCCGAGAGAACGAAGGUCUUCUGCGCCGUGGGCGAUGGUGUGUGCGAGGGAACGCUCAUCGUGGAUGUGGCUCACUUCUCGUAUGCAUUUGAUGUUGACGAAGCCGUGCACUUCCUGGCGCAGAGGGUCGACGCCGCCGAUGUGUCGUGA